UUAGGACUGCUACAAUCCUAAUUAGCAGAAAAAAACGAAAAUGUCUGUGUCAUUCUUUGUGCUUCAGUUGAUAUCUCUGGUGGUGAUUGUGCUAGCAGACUUCAACACAGAGAUGAACAUAACAUGGGGUGAUGGCCGUGCAACCAUCUCCAACGAUGGCCUCAAUUUGCACCUGUCCAUGGACCAAACCUCUGGCUCUGGUUGCAAUUCCAAAGCUACUUAUCUCUAUGGAAGGUUUGAUGUGCAGAUGCAACUCAUCAAGGGUGACUCUGCUGGCACUGUCACAACAUUCUAUCUUUCUUCAGACCAAGCAGCUCAUGAUGAAGUGGACAUGGAGUUCCUGGGCAAUCUUGAUGGAAAGCCUUACACAUUGAGCACCAAUGUCUACACCAAAGGGAAGGGACGCAGAGAACAAAAGUUCCACCUCUGGUUUGAUCCAACUGCAGACUUUCACCACUACGCCAUUCUCUGGACCCCUACACAGAUCAUAUUAUUCGUUGAUGGAAUACCAGUUAGAGGUUUUGCAAGAGGCACAGCACAGCUGCCUUAUGUCGACAAGGCCAUGACACUGCACACGACCCUGUGGGAUGGAUCAAGCUGGGCAACCGAUGGCGGGAAAGAGAAAAGUUGACUGGGAGCAAAGCUCCAUUCAAUGCGUAUUAUCGGAACCUGAAAAUACAAGCUUGUUUCCCCACUGCCAAUGGUAGUUUUACUUGUGGAAAUGAUGCAGCUUCAUGGAUAGCUCAAAAUCUCACAGCUGCGGAGGUGGCCUUCAUGGAUAAAGCUCGUGGCACAUUCAUGACAUACAACUACUGCACCGACCCCACGAACAAGGGCAACAGUACUGUACAAAAUGAAUGCUCAAGGGAACUCUAAUAACAUCCUGCCUGACAAUAUUGCUCUAUUGCUCUUCUACUAACUGCAGAAUAAGCGCAAGGAGAUCUUGUUAUAUGUAUAUAUAUAUACAUGCUCUUGUACAUCCUCAUUACUGAAAUCAAAGAACAAUUGAUGAUUAUUAAUGAAUGGCACUCUGCAAAAGAGAAACUGUAUUUGAGAA